AUUUAGAGACUGGGCAACUUGAGUCCAUCCCGGAUAGCUGGAUGGAUACUCACCAUAAAUCAGGCACAAGGUGGGUGACAGAGACAGCCAAAAAUACUUGGGAGGAAUUGCGUGCAUACCGCGACACACAGCAGACACAGGCAACUGAUACUGAGAGUUCCACACCAGUUUCGAGUGCGCCUAAAGAUGAAGACAUAUCUUUGGUACAAACUGUCUUCGGAAAACGACGGGGCCACCAGAAAGGAUAUGGACGUAUCCUUAACAUAAGGGGUCGAACUCCAUUUGAUUUUCGUCCUUCACAAACUAGAGAUGAAGAGUUGUCUGAGAUGAGAGAGCGUCUUCGACAGUUAGAGGAGCAUGUCCGGACUCAUUGUAUCACCCCGGGAUCUCAAUGUGCCCCACCACCACCCGAUGAUCCCGAUGUUGGAGCACCGACUCAGUAGGACUUAUGUAUGAAUUUUAUUACAAUUGACUAUUACAUUAUCAUGUUUAAGACAAUUCUUUAUUUUGAUUCAGCGAACAUACUCUUAUGUUUUUAUUUA